GCCAACUGCAGCAAGUAAAACUUGAAGUGUUGUUCGAAAACUGAGUAAAAUGUGUGGAAAAUGACAUGAAAAUAGAGUUUAAACCAAAGAAAAUCACUGCAUAAACAAUUUUUAAUAAAUGUUAAGUUAUGUUUGAAACGUCAUGUUAGAAAAAUAUAAAUAUCUCUCCCUAUUGAACAAUUCUACGAUUAUUAGCGAUGAAAACUACAAAAAAGUACUGGAAAAUUGUUUUUCCAUACUCAGUGGUGAAGUAGAACCACACAACAUAAAUUCCUUGUACAACUCAAAACCUGAUGUGAUAAAAGAAUUAUACGCUAAAUUAUUAUCAAUAACAGCUGAAUUUGUUAGAGAAAAUUACAAGAAGAAAGAUGUGUUCGAUUUGUUAGCAAAGUUAUCGUUGAACAGUACAAAAUCGAAUUUAUACUGUGAAAUGUAUGAAAAGAACAAAAAAGGGGUUGAAAAUUCACUUUUGAACAUAGGCAACCACCUACCACACAUAACAGAUGUUAAUUGGAAAAUAGAUUACAUUAUUAAGACAAACGUCAUAGAUGAAUCCGAAGGCCCCCUAUUGAGAAUAUCACUACAAACAGAAAAAUUUGAUGAAAAAAUGGGGAAAAAAACAUUCCACAACGUAAAUUUUACGUGCAACAGCCAAGAAUUGCAGGAUUUGGUGUACAAGCUGAAAGAUAUUUGCAAGAAUGUAAUUAUAAGGUUUAAUAAAGGUUUUAUAAUGAAGACAAGUCGGAAAGCUAAAAUUUCUGACAUAAACGAACACCUUAUAUGCAAAAUAUGUAACGGGUACUUUAUUGAUGCUACAACGAUUGUGGAAUGUUUGCACACAUUCUGCAGAAGUUGCAUAGUGAAGUAUUUAGAGUCAAAUAAGUACUGUCCGAUUUGUGAGGUGCAGGUACACAAAACAAAGCCUUUAUUGAGUAUAAAACGUGACAAAACCAUACAGGAUGUUGUUUAUAAAGUUAUACCGCGAUUGUAUCACACCAAGUACGAUUUGAAUUUGGCGCACAAAGUUGAGGUUAUGUACGAGCAGGAGAAUCUGGCUUGCAAUUUGACGUUGAUGGACGUCGCCUACAUCUACAAGUGCAAACGGAAACGUUGCAUAGACCUGUCGUAUCGAAUAUACGAGUGCAAAUCAAAAAAACUAAAAACCGACGGUACGGAAAAUCAAAAUAACAACAACUGGAAGGAAGUCCAGUUGAGAAUAAGCGAAAAUGGGGAGAUGCAGAUGUCCCUCAUGCACGAAAACUUACUGAAAAUGGUGGAGAAAGAGCAGCAAAACAACAAAAAAGUCGAGGAAAAUUCGGAGACGAAAACUAAAAGCGAUGAUGUAGCGAAACCUGUAGAUACUGUAGCAAAAAAAAAAAGAAGAAACAAAGGAAGAAGCGAAACCUACACCGACCUCCAAAGCCAAAAAUACCGAAAAAACGCCGACAAAAAAGGAAAUACCCGGUUUGAAAUACAUCGGGAAAGAGCCCAAGGCGAAAAUACUUCAAAAUGUUACACUAAUAAACCCCAAAAUAAUGCUCACCCAGUGCUAACAUGUCUCAUUAGCAACGCCACUACAACUACAGUGUUUAGUAUCAAUACUACAAAGUGUUCGACGAAAACUGAUGAAAGUACUUUUUCCAAGGUUGAUGUUUUGAAGAAAGACACCACUAAAGAUGAGAAAUGUGCGAAUAACGGAGCAACGAAAGAUGAUGGUAAUCAAAAACCGACAAAUCCAAACGUUCCACCGGUAACAAACAACAACAUCGCCGAUAGAAAAAGAAAAACGGAGCAAACCGCCGAGGAGCCUAAACCCAAACAAAUCAUAUUAAACCACUCGUUAAAUUUGUCGAAUUUGACUCAAAACAGCGCUGCAACGUUAAAAAACAAAAUUUGCCCCAACAAAAGUCCAGAAACAACAGCUGAAGCUAGUAAUAGUACAAAUAAUAAAGCCUCUGUUGUUGCAAGUAGUAGUAGUACUACAAGUAGUAGUGACGUUUUUCAAAAACCUUUGAUGGUGAGCAAGCAAGCCAAUUGAGCAGGCCUGGCACCCCCAGCGAUACAAAAAUCACCAAACCAGGCUUGCUAUAUGCCUAAAAAUGUGCUCAACGUUCCAAAAUUGGGUAAAACUGGCACCCCCAUCAAAAUGUCCAUAGUUACGACUCCAACGACAUCUAACAGUACCAAAGUGAGUACCAAAACGAAGCCUAGCACUCCAAUAGGUUACAAAACGUUGCGGGAUCCUCCAAAGAGUUGGAAUUCGCAAAUCUCAAAGGCUAACAUCAGUAAAACACCGCAAGACGUGAGUUUGAAGAAUGUCAAGCCAGCGAAGUUCUUCAAAAUGAGGAAUAAUAUGCCUAGGUUUCUGGGCAAUCCAGGUUUAGGGGUUAAGCCUAUGUACCAAGUCCAUACGAGUCCGGAUAAGGAUAAAAACAAACACUGAGGUGAAAGGUAAUGAGAUUAAAAGGCACUCCAUCGUCAAAAUCGACCCUAAAACUCUGAAACCUAUUUCGGAAAAGGCACCUGAAGAAACCAACCUGAGCAACCACAAAAAAUACCGUCGAUAGUAAAGCCAGCAUGUCCAAGGAGGUUAAAAUAGUUGCCAGUACUACCAGUACACUUAAUGUUAGUGCUGGUGCGUUGGAAAUAAAACCGCCCUCAAGACUUGAAAAUCAAUACUAGUUCCGUAUCGAUUUUUUAACCCUUUGAAGAACCACUCAUCCCCUAAAAACGACAGGAAGAGCCCUAAAAGUCCAGGGAUAAGUCCUAAUAUAGUAAAAUCUACAACAGUCAACAACAAACCUAAAAGUUCGCCGUCGCAAAGCGCGACGUUGACGAGUCCGAAACCGGCGAAACCUAACCUAAGUUUCACCCCCCCUAAUCCGUACAUACCUAACCUCACUUCCCCCACCCUAGACCCCAACCAAUUCCAUUUCUACCCGCCGCAGCAACACGCCUCAUUACCGGCGUUUGAUCCUAGAAUUCUCAACGCCUACCACAACUUUUGGUACGGUCCGAGGUUCGGAUUUGGCAACCCCGCAGCAGCCAUGGCCAACUUGACGUUGGAUUUGAAUCAGCAGCAGCGUGGCAAAGCGCAGGCGCAAACCAGCCACGAAACGCCCGCGCCCACUAAGAUGACGAUUGCCACCACUACUGCGCAGAUAACGUCAAAAUUAUCGUUAAAAAAACCUAACAAAGAAGGUACAAAAUCUGAAAAAAGUCUUCACACAACAGUAGAAAAAUUGCUGGUACAAAAUAGAACCAAACAAAAUUUAAAUACCAAGGAAAAUAAUUCGGAAGAGGGGCCUUCAAAAACUCCUAAUAACAAAGAAGAGCAAAAAGUUGUUGUUGAAAAGGAAAAAAGUACAAGCCAAUCUACAGUGUGUUCAGAAAAAGUGAAGGAUGAGCCGAAACAAAAAAAUAACAGUAAUAGUGAUUUAAAACUCAGUGAAAAGGACACUAAAAAAAAUAUUAGUGAUAAAAUAGAGCAAAAUAGUGUUGGUGAAAGUAAAAAUACCGUUUAAUUUUUUUUGUUUUUUAAGUACAUAAUUCUAUGUAAAAUAUUAAUUUAAUUUUUUUGAAUAAGACAAAAAAUUGUUUUUGUUUCAAAAUCUGUAUAUUUUUGAUAGGGUUUUGGAUAAAAUUAAGUGCCUCAAAAAAUUUUACAGUUUGAAAAAAAUUCUUUUAAAAUUUGAAACGUGCCUUUUUAUUAAAAAAAUCACAAAAUUACCAAAAUUAUUCUUUGCGCAGCUCUUAAAUACAAAGUGUUUGAAUAUACCAAAUAGAAUUUUUAACAUAGAUGCUUUUUAUAAAAAAAUAUACUCAAAGAUAAAACUAUUUAUUUUUUGACAUUCCAAAAUUUGACAACUACGAUAUUAUUUCAAAAAGGAGGCUGUGAAUUUCUUCCACGUAUUAAAAAAAAAACAAGAACAUCACAACUGUCAAAAAAUGAAUGGUUCGUUUUAUAGGUACAGUGUUGGAAAAAAGUUGCGUCAACUUUAAACAUAAAUAACUCAAAAACCGAUUACUUUAGAGAGUUGAAAUUUACAAGCAAUAUUACUUGAUAUAUUCUUUAAUAUUGUACCAAAUUUCAAACCUUUAACCAUUUUAGUUUUUGUUUUAUGCGGCAUUUUGUCCACUACUGUACCUACCGUAAUAAAAAAUAUGUGACACUUCAAAAUUUCACUUAUGCUCACAAAUGUGAUAAAUUUCGGAUCAAUUAAUAAUUUAGUCUAUUUUUAUACAGGGUGAUAAUAAUUUUACUAUUAAAAACAGUUGAACCUAAAAAAAACAUUCUACAGAACAAUUUUAUAAACAAAAAUAGAAAAAAUUUUGAUGAAAAAAAAACUGUUUAUUUAAGGUUAAAUUUAGAUCCCCCUGUACUAAUUUUGCUCAAAAUUUAUUAAAAAAUUGUCACAUAUUUCUAAUUUUUUUGUAUCUAGGAUUAAGUCAAUUUUUUUAAUUGUAAUAUGGAGAUUCUAUCAAAUUUAUUAUUGUACAUUGUAAAUAUUUAAUUGCAC